AUGCCCUUGUUUGUACUCGGCCAAAUGCUGUACGCCAACGGACAGGUCACGAACGAACCCCCCGAGGGGUUCGUCGAGAAGAGAGCCACACAGCCUGCAACUCUUACAUUGGACCAAGCUGUUGCGGUUAAAGUCCAGAAUAACCAGCGCUUGACCAAGAACUUGAAAAGCCUCAUCUGGGACGACGCCUUGGCCGCGAAUGCGCAACAGUGGGCGAACUACCUUGCUUCCAUCAACAAUCUAAUGCACUCAACAUCCGAUCAACGCCCCAACCAAGGCGAGAACUUGGCCUAUUCUUAUAAUUCCAACGGCGUCACUUACCCAUUGACGCAAGGCGCCCAAGGUUGGGUAGCCGAGGUCUCCAACUAUCAUAACGAGAUCAUUCCUCAAGGCAACUUCGCCUCAUAUGGCCACUACACUCAAGUCAUGUGGUCGUCCACAAACAGGAUUGGCAUGGCCAACGCUACGGCUGCCAACGGCGGUGUCUACAUCGUUGCCAGAUACUCGCCCCCUGGGAACUACGUCGGAUACAGACCUUACUAG